UGCGACAUGUUCACAACUCAUGAUUACGAGACCAGCAACUAUGUUCAAGGCGUUCAUCCAGGGUGAGAGCAUGGCAGGGUAAGGUAAUAUCCGCUCUACGCCCAGAGCCCGUUUAUAGUGGAGCUCCUGUCAUACCUCUAUGGGAAGUCGUAAUACGGUGCAAACUUUAUUUUGCAGCUGCGUGACCAGCAAAGGAGUAAAGAUGAAGAGCUGAAAGCUCAGAAGGAUAAACUUUCCGAAAUGCAACAGCGAAUCAACAGGUGUCGCACCCGUCGUCUGGAAAUACUAAAUGAGGUGCGGCAAAUAACAAAUGAAAUGUUCGAUAGAUUGAAAAGGGGUUUGCCGACGCCCAAUGAAUUGAAAGCAACGUUUCAACGAUUAGCUGAUCUGCUGGAGGAGCUCAAAAGUCUGGACGACUGAAACCAAGUGCUUGGGAGCACACGUCGGCACAAGAGACCGUCCGAGGCCUUCAUGCUCCAAUCCGUUUUACCGAUUGGGUCGAGCUCCUCAUUUCGCAUUUCAUAUAUGUUUCACGAUCACCUGUGACCACCAUUUGGGUAUAUCUGUAUUUGCCAGCCGGCCACUGAAACCAUACAUUUUCAACGAUCUCUUGCAAGAUGUGUGCACUGACGUCUUUGUUUAGCGACCUUGGCUGUAAAACUUAUUCGAAUAAAGCCAACUGAUCG